UUUUCUCAAUUCUUAAGGAGUGGGGGAUAUGUAAAAAUGAGGUCUGACUUUAAUUUAUUUAUUGAUUAUUUAUUGUUUAUUUUUUGAUUAUUUAUUGGAAAAUAAAUUUGUUUUACUUGAAAAAAUUGUUUGAUUUUUUUCAGUUUUCAUUACUUUUGUGAAUUUUUUUUAUAUUUUUUUUUAAUGCUUUUGAGUUUUAAAAAAAUUUUUAGAGAGGCAAAAGGGAUACAACCGGAAAAGAAUGCUCGUUUUCUGCCCAGCCUGUGGUACUUUAUUAACACUUGGAGAAGGAAAUUCUUGCAAUCAAUUUUCAUGUAAAUCUUGUAGUUAUGUUCUCCCAAUAGUUGAAAAACUUUCAAGCAAAAUUUAUACAAAGAAAAAGGAAGAAGAAAAAAUUUUGGGAGGUGCAGAAAUGUGGGAAAAUGCGCAAGUGACAAAUGGUUAUUUUUAUUUAAUUAAAUUUUAUUUAAAGUUGGGGAGGAUCGUUGUUGGUGUAAUGGAAAGAUGCCCAGUUUGUUCACAUGAUAAAGCCUAUUUUCAACAAAUACAAACUCGAAGUGCUGAUGAACCUAUGACAAUAUUUUAUCGUUGUGCAAGUUGUGCGCAUAGAUGGAAGGAAUAA